AUGCCAGAGUCUAGAAGAAACAUUCCCAAUAUCAUUAUUACUGGUACCCCAGGUUGUGGUAAAUCAUCGCAUUCACAAUCGCUAGUCGAUCAGCUAAAUAGAGGAUUUGCCAAAGAGACAACCAUAAAGUUUAAACAUUUCGAUGUAAGUGCCUUUGCAAAAGAAAAAGAAUGUCUUGAAUCAUACGAUAAGAAACUCGAUACCCAUGUUGUUGACGAGGAUAAACUAUUGGAUGAAUUAGAACCGGAACUAGAAAAAGGUGGUGCUAUUGUAGAUUGGCAUUGUUGUGAAAUAUUUCCUGAACGAUUGAUUGAUCUCGUUGUUGUAUUACGAACAGACAAUUCGAAACUACAUGAAAGGUUAACAAAGAGAAAUUAUAAGGAUAAUAAAAUUCAGGAGAAUUUGGAUUGCGAGAUAAUGGAAGUGAUUUUGACUGAGGCAAGAGAGAGUUAUAUACCGGAGAUUGUAAUUGAAUUGAGAAGUGAUAAAGCUGAGGAUUUGGAUGAAAAUGUCGAUAGGAUUAGCGCGUGGGUUGAAAAUUGGAUCAAAGAUCAUCCAAGAGGAGUCACUAAUGAAUUGCAGACGGUCGAUGGCGAAGCUAACGAUAGUGACGAAGAUGACGAAGAUGACGAAGAUAACGAAGAUGGUGAGUUAGUGACUAGUGGCGAAGAUGAAGGUUCGUAUAUACCAGAUAAUGAAGAAGACUCAGAUGAUGCUCUUGCUAGCUACCAUGAAUCAGAGGAUCCUGCUACAGUUGAAGAAGGGCUCACGGAACAACAAAAGUAUGAUCUUGAACAGAAAGAGCAAGAUGAUGUAGAAGUACUCAAUGAAGAGGAUGAAGAAACAAAUGAUACGGCGAACACCAAGAGGAUGUUUCAGAGUAGGAUAUACGUUGAUUAUGUAUUUUUUAGAUGUUAUUAA